AUGAAAGGAGAUACUAUCUACUUAUCGUGGACGAAUACUCCAAGUGGCCGGAAGUCGGCUCCAGAUGUCAUCGGUCUCCUCAACGGCUACUAUCCAAGCAAUGAAGUGCAUCUUUGCCAAGUUCGAAAAUCCAGAGACGCUCGUCACGGACAAAGGAAUGCAAUUCACGUAGUCUCAGUUCACAUCAUUCUGCCGUUCCCAAGGAAUCUCGUACAUUCGCACGCCGCCGUUCCAUCCACAAAGCAACGGGCAAGCAGAACGUUUUGUGGACAACUUCAGAACAGGACUUGCCAAGCUGAAAGUGGAGGAACCAACAGUGUACACACUACAGGUGUUCUGAUAGCAUAUCGUUCCAUUCCCUGCCCGUCUGCACCUGUUCACCUGCUGAAGCCUUCGUGGGAUGCCGCCUGCGAACUGAACUCGAUCAAAUGUUACCUUCUAGAGAUCUCACAAAUGGUAGUCGAGGUGUCAAAAUGGAAUCUCAAUUCAAUCGUCAAAAUGGAGCACGGCGCCGCAACUUUGAGAUCAACGAUGCGACAUUUGCCAAGGAUUAUCGAGGACAGAAACCUACUUGGACUCCCCGUUUCAUCACACGCCGUGUUGGAAACGCAAUCUACACUGUUCGGACCGGCACAACAGACUAGCACUUUCUUGGAUGUGUUCGACCUACCACUACUCGACUCCACGAGCAAGGACGAUUUUGCAACCCUUGCUGCCGACUCGUCUCAACGACCGCAACGCCUUCGACGACCCCAUCGCCAACUACAAGUGGACCCACGAAGAAUUCGAUAUGAGAUAAGUUGA